AUGUCGGCACCUCUGGCUGUACCACAAAUACCAACAUCUGUGACGGCUUCGGCCGCAACAUCCAGCGCGACGACAACAACAGUUGCAACAACUGCACCAAGUGCACCAACAGUUACGACAGCUUCAUCAUCUAUGCCGGCGACGACAAAUCCUGCGGAAAAUGAAUCUGCAACAGAAACAUCGACGUCAGUAACAGAAACAUCCACAUCAACAACCACGACUUCAACGUCAUCUACAAGUUCGACCACGACCACGACUACAACAAGCACAACCGCAACAACCGCAGCUCCUGCAGCUCCAAGUCAAGCACAAAUAAACCAACAAAUGUUAUUGCAACUUCAUGAAACUGCAAAACAAGCCAAUAAUUGUGAGUCUUUUGUUAGAAAAAAAACUGAUACAGCUUAUGUUCGCUGCAAGACCCUUUUCUUGUUUUCAACAUAGAACAACAUGUUCAAUAUUUCUCUUUCAGGUCUAUUUUAUACUCGCCGGUUACGUGCUCAAAUGGUGAAUACACAACAACAAGUGCUCAACUUGAGAUUCAAUAAAAUGCGCAAUAAAAACCAUCAGAAUUUAUAUCAACGAUUUGAGAGAAUGAUGUUGGAAGUGAAACUGACAUUUGAGUAUGUUUUCUGACUAUUUUUUUUUGAAAUAAAAAACAAUUAUUGAUUUUUCAGACGGGUUGAAAAUUGUUGCCGAAAACUGCCGAACACAAUUCAAGGAUUUGAUACAUUGAAUGCUAUGCGCUAUUUAUAUUCCGAAGAGCAUUCGAUGGAUCAUUCAAAUGUUACCAAAUCUCUAGAGGGUAUGAUUGAUGCGGGAAAUUGGAAUGAAGGACAAUUCGUAAGUUUUUAUAAUAAUUUUGGAAAAUGAAUAUUGUUUAAAAUUCCUGAAAGCGAGCUAAAAAUUUAUUACAUAAUAGGAUUUAUAACAGCUGAUUCCUCAUUUUCCAGCAAACAUUUUACUAUCUCUCCGAAUUCUUGCGAAAUUCAAAUAAUAAACGACGCACUCUAUUUCUCCAUCCACGAAUCAUUCCACAAAUUCAUAUCCCAUCAAGUGAAAAUGCUGGACAUAAAAAUUUCGAAAAUGCAUUCCGAGGAAUGAAAAAAGAGAUUACCUCAAAAUCCCUUGGAAUCUACCCAAGAAUUGUGAAAACAACAUCAACUGGAAUGGUUGUGGAGAUCAAAUUUGGUGUCGCUGGUCCCGACAAAAAUGAUAAAAAUGUUGUUUAUACGUUCAAAUAUUUAUUGAUUGAGAAAAAUGGAGUUAUCGAAUAUAUUAAUGUGAUUGCGCCAAAUGAAGAAUUGUAUAUGGAUUGUGAUUUCGCAGAAAAAUCGGUGAGUUAAAUUUUUCGUCUAUCUCAAAAUUGUAUUUUCAUCAUUCAAGAUAAAUGCAACGCAACCGUCUCGUUAUAAAAUCUAUAAAACACUGACAAAACAAGCGAAUCUGAAUCUGCUCAAUAGUUUUGGAACUGCAAAUCGAUGGACAUCUACAACGCUCACACAAUUUGUAACAAUUUUUGGGAAAAUGCGCGAGAUUUUUGGUGUCAAAUGCAAUGUUUGCAAGUGAGUUUUUUCAUUAUAUGCAAUUAGAUCAAUAAACUUUUGUAUUUGUAGUAAGAUUCUGCGAGAUUUCCAACCACCAAUGCUUUUUGAUAUACGAUUCCCAGGCACGGCAAUUCAUGAACACUGCAAAUGA